AUGGCGGAGGGAAUGCGACCACCACCUGCGGUGUCGCGGGCGUUGACUAUUCCCGCCAUCGUCACCAGCAACGCUUCUUCUUCCUCCUCCAUUCCUAUUAUUCACGAGACCUCCACCACCAGCACAACAAAUACGAGCAAUAGCCCCACCGUCUUCAACAAUUGCGGCGAUCAGAGUCCCAAUGCCUCCAGACCCAGCCUGAUCCGAUCUUCCCAAACUCUUCCGAUCGGUUCUGGCGCUUCGGAUUUCACUUCAGCCUCGAAUGGAACCCAACAAGAUGGCAAACGAAACUCUCAUACCAUACAGUAUCCCAGCAAUGGUUCCGUGAAAAACGCCGCCUCCUCUCCGACCGUCUACCAAUCGACAACCGACUCGAGCGCCAUCGAUCCGUUAUCACAACAUAUCAUCAAGCGCACCAACACCCACAAGUCUAUCCCCCUGAAGCUAUUGGGUCGGGCCUCCCACGAAGCGGAAGCGGGCGGAGGUGAUCAUCGUGGCUCCUUAGACCAUGCCUCCAUUCGAGGCGACACGACGAUGCACCCGAAGUUGUCCAAGGAGAAGAAGAAAGGUGUCUCAUUUCUCAGUCGGAUCAUUCCCGGGAAAAAGAAGGACCAAUAUUAUGAUUACGAGGACGAUGUCUCCGAGCCGGAAACCGCUCGCAUGGAUACCGAUGCCGCCUCGCAGCCGAUAGGAUUCUUUCCCCGACUCCCGCCGCCUCCGAAGUACAUCCGCGUGCGUGCACACUACAAGAAAGAGAAGACGUUCAGUCGGGUCUUCGUGGCGCAGGAGCUUGAGGGUGCGAGUGGUGCCGUGGGGGGCUCAGACAAGGAUGCUUCUGUGUCAGCAGCAGCAGCAGGACCCAAUGAGGGCAACACGGGCAAGGCGAUCUGGGCGCUCGUAUUCUCUAAUGAUGGCAAGUACCUGGCAGCCGCCGGCCAGGACAGGAAAGUGCGCGUGUGGCAAGUCGUUGGCUCGCCGGAGGACCGCGAUCCGGCCGAGCCUGCGGGCGAUGGCGACGACGCUCCUCCACGGUUGAAUGCGCAAGUGUUCAAAUCCCGGCCAGUCCAGGUCUACGAAGGCCACACGGGAAGCGUGCUGGAUCUCAGUUGGAGCAAGAAUAACUUCCUGCUCUCCUCGUCGAUGGACAAGACUGUCCGCCUUUGGCAUGUGAGCCGACCGGAGUGUCUCUGCUGUUUCAAGCAUAGCGACUUUGUCACAUCAAUACAAUUUCACCCGCGAGAUGAUCGGUUUUUCCUGGCAGGGUCACUGGACAACAAGCUGCGAUUGUGGAGUAUUCCUGAUAAGAGCGUGGCCUUUGUAGCCACCGUGCCAGACAUGGUCACAGCCGUUGCCUUCACACCCGACGGGCGCUACUCAAUCGCUGGAAGUCUCAAUGGGUUGUGUAAUAUAUACGAAACAGAUGGGUUAAAGGUCGUCGGCCAAAUCCACGUUCGCUCCGCACGUGGUCGCAACGCAAAGGGCAGUAAGAUCACUGGUAUCGACACAAGGAUCUUGCCAUGCGGCGACCCUAAUGGCGAGGUGAAACUGUUGAUUACCAGCAACGACUCCCGCAUUCGGAUGUACAACUUCCGCGACAGGACGCUGGAGGCCAAGUUCCGUGGUAAUGAGAAUACCUGCAGCCAGAUUCGCGCUUCCUUCAGCAACGACGGGAAACAUAUCAUCUGUGGCAGUGAAGAUCGCCGAACAUAUCUGUGGCCUACCGAUUCGAUCGAGAAGGACUCCGACAAACGAGCCGUGGAGGUAUUUGAUACACAGUCAGCCAUGGUCACUGCCGCCAUCAUGGCGCCCACGAAAACGAAACAGAUUCUUGGAUUCGCCGAGGAUCCAAUCUUUGACGUCUGCAACCCACCGCCAGUGACCCUUGUCAGUCAGACAGACCGAGAGAAUGGGCGAGCGAAUCGCAAUUCGGGCGCCAGCAAAUUGGCGCAAGAGUCGCCGGCGUAUUUGGCGCGAUCAACGCAUCCGGACGGGAACAUCAUGAUUGUGGCCGAUUAUUCAGGCAAGAUUCAGGUUCUGCGACAGGAUUGUGCCUACCAGAAGCGGCGAUACGAUAACUGGGACGCGCAUUCGACCAUCUCACGACGGAUUCUGCGGCGCACCAACUCAGCCCGGCACAGCAUCGCAUCCUCCACCGGAAAGGACUCGACGCACAAAACGCCAUCGGAGCGCAUUAUCUCGUGGCGUAAUUCGGUCAUCCGUCACGGCACGAGCAAUAGCCGAUCGGGGAUGCGGACUCCACGCACCCGCAGUCCCUCUCCGCAUAAGUCCGUCCGCGAGGGUCCAUCGGGGUAUUUCAGCCCCGGACGGGCAUCGUCCAGCGCGGCACGGCCGGAUUCCCGCUCGGUCUUUACUACCUCGCCGCCUCAAUCCUCCUACAAACAGUCCAUGGACAGCGGGCGAUCGAGCGCAGAUACCUCCCGCGUUCUGGCCAACGGCGCGGCUCGGCCACAGACGCCGCCGGCCUCGACGACCAUGUUCGCCAAAAGCGGCGACAAGGACAACCCGCUGUGGCUGCAGGGCGAGCAAAGCUAUGCGUUCUACAACAAGAUUGCGCGCGACGCGCUAGCGAUGAGGAAGAAGCGUAAACCCAGCAGCGGAAGCGGGCUGCCCAGUCCGAAUCAUCUGGCGGUUCCCGGAGAACGCAACAUGAGCCUGGGCAGUACGCUGAGCAGCGACUACGGGUCGUCGAACGGUGAUGGCGAGGACGGAGAAGUGCUGCGAUGCGAGAACUGUGCGGGCACCAACUUCCGGGCGACCAAGGGGCGCAAUGGGAGACAACGGCUGGUCUGCGUGAGAUGCGCGCAUCCGAUCACAUAG